GCUGCUCGGGCUUGUAUUCUAUUGCCAUAGGGUUUCCUACGGCGUCGACAAGCAGCAGCAGCAUGAUGGACGACAACCGCAAGAUCGGGACGCUCCUCCUGGGCGUCGGCUUCCUCUUCCUCUUCCUCGGCGUCAUGCUCUUCUUCGACGCUGCGCUCCUCGCGAUCGGCGACGUGCUCUUCCUCUCGGGCCUCGCCAUGACCAUCGGCCUCUCGCGCACCAUCAAGUUCUUUACGCGCAAGGACCGCUGGCGUGGCAUCGUCUGCUUCCUCGGUGGCAUCUUCCUCGUCAUGAUCCGGUACCCGAUCAUUGGCAUGUGCGUGCAGACCUUUGGCUUCCUCAACCUCUUUGGCUCGUUCUUUCCCGUCGCCGUCGCCUUUCUCCGGCAAACGCCCGUCCUCGGCACGGUCCUCAACCUCCCGGUCAUUGGGGACAUUGUCGACAAGCUCGCGGGCGCGCAGAAGCGGGGCUACCAAGUCUAAACUAGAGCUCUCCGCCGCCGAUAUAGUACACACCAAUCAAUACACCCACCAUGUCCUAGCC